AUGCUCUUGGCGAGCCUCAAGGGGAAAGCUGAGGAGGCGUGCGAGGAGCUCGACCUGGACAGCAUCAAGGGCAACGACUCGGUUGAGGUCUUCCUGACCUACCUCGGGGAGUGCUUCCCCGAGAUAGAGGUGCUGGAGACCCCAGCGCUACUGGAGGCCUUCGUGAAGCCGGCUUGCGUCCGGUACAAGUUCGAAGAUGUUCGAGAUUACAACAAUCGAGACAGAAUCGCAGACGAUGCGAGUAUCAGUUCCGAGGACUUCGGCGACGACCUGCCCGACGAGCUCCAGGACGCGCUCGACGUGAAGGAGGAGCAGGUGGCGUUCUUCACCAAGAAGAUGGUGCGCGCCAAGGACGCGCCAAGGGCCGACAUUCCCCGCAAGGGGGCUAACAUGACGAACAUGACCACGAACGACGGGGCUGGCGACGCGCAGGAGCCCCACACGGCCGAGAUGACGGUCGCGCCAGUCUAUCAGCACGAGCAGAUCAACGCGAGGAGAGCCCGCAGGCAAGAGGCGCUGCGCCAGGACGCCGACGUUCCCGCCGAGGUGACCGCGGCCCACCUCUACAUCGACAAGGGCACUCAGUGCCUCAUGGCAGCGACAGAAUCGGAGCUCAUCUACAUCAGCGUCGCGGAGCUGCUCAAGGGGUCUGGGGGCAGGCUGACCUUCGACACCGCCUGCUCGCGGUGCAUCGGGGGCCUGGACUGGUACAACGACAUCAAGAAGAAGAUGGUCACGCACACCAUCAAGGCGGCGCUGAUUCCCUGCUCGGUGAACGGCAAGGCGCUCACAGUCAAAAUGAGCAUCGUGCGCAGCGCCGUGCCUGGACUGUUCAGCCGCCAGGCCCAGAGCGAGCUGGACACGGUCUACCACGCCGGUGACAACAAGCUGGACAUGAAUUGCGUCAACGAGAACGACAUUGAGAUGAGCCUGAGCCGCGCCGGACACCCGACGCUGGACACCACAGGCUUUACCCCGGGCUACGGGCCCGUCCAAGACGUCUCGGAUACCAAGGCCGAGAUCCGUCUGCAUUCUCGUGCGACUUACCACGCUGAGACAGCAGUGGUGGGCCCCGCCAAGACGGCGGAGCCCGAGCGCCUCGACCGAGGGGUCGACGCCUCGGAGGCCGACGAGUCCCAGUCGGAGAGUGACAGCAGCGAGCUCGACAGUGCGGAGCUGUUCCAGCAGCAAGAGACGAGCUGGGGGGACAACUGCUCGAACACGCCGACGCCGAAAACUUCCCCGCCACCGGCGAUCUCCAGCAUGAGGCCGCCAGAGCUUCAGGCGGAAGUGGUAAGCUACGAGUUGGAUGUGCGCGACGCAACGUCCGACCAGCUCCGAGUGAUCGUAUGUGCGCUGAGGGCCGAAGGGCACGACGCCAAGUCGCAGGACUGCAUCCCAGGGCUGGGCAAGAAGCUCAAUCCAGAGUUACAGCAACUGUGCAGGGAGAGUAACAUCAAGUUCAACCAGCGGAUGACCGUGCCGGAACAAAGGCAGCGCCUGACGGGCUGGCGGGUCGAGGACGCUGUCAGCAGUUCCUCGGACUCGGUGGCCAAUCCGAGUUCGCAGAUCAAGAGCGACCACAAGAUGCGCUUCGGCAGGUGGGUGAAGGCUCACGGCGUGGAGCCGCUCCCGGCGGACAAGGCCAGGACCACCCUCGAGGCGGUGAUGGCCGAGGAGGCCGUGCUGGACGACGAGUGCCUGGCGCACGCGGCCAUCACUGGCCAGGGGCGCCUCGAAGGGCCAGGGGUGGACACCGCCGACGUGGGCUCCGAGAAGCUGGGCGAGACCGACGGGGAGAGCCGCGCGCCGCCCACGGGCCCGGGGCAGCAGCCUCCGGGCAAAGUCCUGGGCGACGGCAGCCGCCUAGGGAGAGCCGUCGGCACGGGCCCCCGGCGGCCUGGCAUCGCAGAGGGGCAGGCCGCUCAAAAGCCAAUCGCCCAGCACGCGCCGGGCGUGGCGCAGGACGUGGCGGAGCACCUGGAGAGCGUCAAGGAGGGACCACCCGACAAGCACGCGAAGAGCAUCAGGGUACCAUCCUCGAACUGA